CAUCCUGACGUCUUCCUCGGAGCACAAAGUGAAAACGCAUCAGUGUGAUGCUGCGUCCUCCUCACGCGUUACGGUGCCCGCACGGACCCGCAAGGACAGGCUGCAGCCCCCGCAGACGCCUUCAGGGACCUCUAUCUGGAUCUUGUUCUUUUCUAAUUUAAAUCCCUGCUUUUGUUUUUUUAUUUAAUUUUAUCCGGAAACCUCUUUUUGUCCGCGGGAUACCGAUGGCCACCUCCGCCACCGUCCCCAGCAUCAGCACCACCACCGGAGGGCCGUCGGGCCAACCAGGACGGCCGGGAUUCAACCAGCACACCUAGCAGGUCGCUUCACUGCUGAGGAGGCCCCCCCAUCAGACCCAGCUGCCUUAACCGACCUCUGACCUGUUCUGUGACAACCCAACCCAGAGGUCAGUGCAGAACCACAGGACUCGUCAUCAUCAUCAUCAUCAUCAUCAUCGAGCCUCCGGCGAUGAGGGUCGAGGUGGUCUGAUAAAAACCCGGAACCUGGAAGAUGACAGAGAGCCGGAGGAGGAGGAGGGAGCUGUGAGACGUCUCUGCCAUGACCCAGUAACAAACUCCACAUCCAGUCCAGCACCAGGAACCAAAAAACACCACCAGAACAUCCAGCUUCCUCAGAGGCAACAAUGUAGAAGAAGACAGCGGAGACGAUUGUCCAGCUUUCACCAUCAAAGACCACCAGGAUUGUCUUCAACUGCGUCGUUAUGUUUUUAUAAAUAUGGAAUUUAAACUCCUCACAAACACAGACAGCGAGUAAGAUUGUGUUAAAAAAGACUCAACAACCACAUUAAGAUUGUUCCAAACGAGUCGAUCCAACAGAACCCAACGGGAACGUUAUUUCAGGAGCCAAACAGGAGCGAGGACGCCACGAUGACGCAUCUGCACGCCGGACUGAGCUCAGAGACGACGGAGAAGGCUCGCUUAGAGCUGAACGAAAACCCGGACACGCUGCAUCAGGACAUCCAGCAGGUGCGGGACAUGAUCGUGACGCGGCCGGACAUCGGUUUCCUGCGGACGGACGACGACUUCAUCCUCCGUUUCCUGCGAGCCAGGAAGUUCGACCAGAUGGAGACCUUCAGGCUGCUGGCCCAGUACUUCCAGUUCCGACAGCAGAACCUCGACAUGUUCCAGAGCUUCAAGGUGGACGACCCGGGUAUUAAGCGGGCACUGAUGGACGGUUUCCCUGGCGUACUGGAGACUCCGGACCAACAUGGCCGAAAAAUCCUCAUCCUGUUCGCCUCCAACUGGGACCAGAGCAGGAACUCGUUCACGGACAUCCUGCGAGCGAUCCUUCUCUCUCUGGAGGUUUUGAUAGAGAACCCGGAGCUCCAGAUCAACGGCUUCAUCCUCAUCAUCGACUGGAGCAACUUCUCCUUCAAGCAGGCCUCCAAGCUCACGCCCAACAUCCUGAAACUGGCGAUCGAAGGCCUCCAGGACAGUUUUCCCGCUCGGUUUGGAGGAAUCCAUUUUGUGAAUCAGCCGUGGUACAUUCACGCCAUGUACACCAUCAUCAAACCUUUCCUCAAGGACAAGACCAGGAAGAGGAUCUUCCUCCACGGUAACAACCUGAACUCGCUCCACCAGCUCAUCCAGCCCGAGUGUUUGCCGUCAGAGUUCGGUGGGACUCUGCCUCCGUACGAUAUGGGCAUCUGGGCCCGAACGCUGCUGGGACCCGACUACAACGACGAGACCGAGUACACGCUGACCUACGACGCCCUGCACGUCAGGGAGAACUGUGGAGGGGGAGGAGGAGGAGACAAGGACAUGAUGAAGAGGUCUCAGUCGGCGGUGGAACCAGGAACUCUCCGACAAACGGACAGAGACACCAGCACACCACUACUGGCCCUGGACUGAACACACACACACACACACACACACACACACACACACACACACACACACACACACACACACACACACACACAGUAGAGCCGUCACACACAACAACACACACGCAGAUCUAAUGAACACACACACACACAUUAUAUCUGUCUCUAUAACACACACACACACACACACACACACACACACACACACACACACACACAGCACCAGCUGUGUGUUAAGCUGGUAGAUUUGAACUUGUGUCCUUUUGUCCUGUUGACGUGAACUUUGACAGCGACUGAACUUCCUGAACAGGACACACACACACACACACACACACACACACACACACUCUCACACACACACACACACACACACACACACACACACACACACACACACACACACACACACACACACACACAAUCUGUCCUGUCUCUGAGCCGUCUAAUGCCUCCCAGCUGAGCCUCUCUCCAGCCAGCAGCAUCUGUCCUGAUGUCCACGACAACAACAACAACAACAACAACACGAAGUGUGUGUGUGAGUUUCUGCUGCACAGCUGCGUGCUUCAAGUUUUUUCCUAAUUCAGUCAGAAACGAGCAGGAAUGUAACUCCGUGGUCACAUUUAAUCCGUCUGCGAGUCAGAAACCAGAGAAUCAGACACACGGAGGGAUGUGGAGAAACUUUAUUGAAACCUCGGACUGACGCCAGGCGGCGUUAGCGAAGAGGACGCUGAGACUAAAACGACGACAUAUUCAAUCACAUCCACGAUUGAGGAACAUUCAGAGCGAGUCGCACCAACAAGGAUUCGUUUAAAAAACAUUUAUUUAAGUUUUGCUCUAAAAUCAUAAACCCAGAUUGAAAUAGAUUGUUUGAGGGAAACAAAGAGAAUCAUUUGUCAUCAGUUAAUACGAAUGGAUGUUUGUGUCUGGGAUAAUAAUGCAAUAAGCUUUGGAGCCAUAGUGCCCAUAAUGCUCCAGGGGAUGUAAACAGGAAGUAUACCGUUGAGCCCCGUUUUCUCUUUAGCCUGUAUUUGUUGACAUUUUUGGCAAAGUGGCAUUAAGAGUACGCUGAAUUAGCUGUUAGCACUUCCUGUUAGCGGUGUACCGUCACUGGAUUACUUUAAUACUGAGGGAAAACUGAUGAUUCUCAGGCAAGUUCUGCAGUUUCUUCUAUAAUUUCUAAGCAGAUUUAUGGACGUCGGACUUCAGAGAGGAUGAUAAAUAUAUUCUCAGAAAGUUUAACUCACACUGAAUCUAAAAAUAUGUGUAUGAUGUCUGUGUGUUAAGGUUUGAUUGAGUUAUGACUCAGAGAGUGGGUUCGUUUUUUAACUCCCGUACGCUUCGUGCACUAUUUUUUUGCCCCACCGUUCCCCCUCUGCACCUCCCUUUGACCUCUCCUGCACCCCCCCGAGGAGGCGCCUCACAGUUUGAAAACCUCUGGAACGGUCAAAUGACAGAAAAUGAACCAACUUAUAAAUUAUUAAUCGCUGUAAUUAAUUUACAAAGAAAAAAAAAAACAACAACAAACAUGCUAAAGUUGAGAAUUUUCUUUUCUGUUUAAAAUCUCUGUAAUCUACCUUUAAAUGAACUGCCAUAGCAACGGAGUCCUUAAAUUGGCUGUUUUAGUGGAAACAUACUGAAUGAUUUACAGUUAACCAGGUGAAUAUUGGACUCAAACAGGACUCCAAUGGGGUGAUCAUGUUGUUCUGUGUCUGCUGGAUGAGUAAAUGUGUCACAUAAACAACUUAAUGAGGAGAUAAUUGUGUUUACAGCUUUAAAGAAAAGUUUCACACUAAUCUUCACACUAAAGUUCCACCUUAACAAUCACUGCUUCUCCCACGCUGUUGGACAGACAGAGGACGUCCCGGAGGGGCUGCGAGCCGAGCUGCUUAAGAUCCAGACGUCCGAUGACUAAAAUCCUUCAUCCGGUUCAAAUCUAGAGUUAAAAAGCACCAAGAUCUAAACAGUGGAUGGUAACAAUGUGGCUUCAGACUGGAAACAUUUGGGAUAAUGUAACUCAACUACAUACAGACAGUUACAGAUUAUAGCUUUAAUACCAAGAUUAAAGAUAAUCCUUGUUGGUGACACUCAGUUGUAAAUGUUUCAAGAACAUUUAUCUUCCUCGUUUUCUAAGCUGUGAAUCUAAACUCUACAGUUUCAGGUCCCCGUGCGGUUCCCUAACAGCGACUCUUCUCACAUCAGUGAAUCAAAAUAGUUUGAAUUCAGCCAAAUAUUCGUCCUUAACAAAAGAAAAAGAAAAAACCUCACUUUGGUAGAAUAUUUGUAAAACAACAAAAUCACGUCAAGUUAGACAGACUUUGCACAAGAAUUUCAAAAUAAAAGCACCGCACAUUAAAAAAACCCCGGCAGAUAUUAUAACCGCAUCACACGCAUGAAACAUAACGAGUUGUUCUACCAGAGUGAAAUGUUUGUUUCUGAAGACGUGUCGUGCUGUGACGAGACCACAGGAUGCCAAAUUAUCACCUUUAACCUCGAACUGCAGUGAAGGCAAAGAUUGUUUUUAUUGAAUUUAACUUAUUUGAAGAUUGUAUAUUAUUGUUACAAGUAUUAUUACACUGCAAAAAAGCGUGACACACUCUGGCCGAGUUGAUCCUGAGAUGUUUUAAGUCAAAUUAUCUUGUUAAACGUCGUGAGCAUGAGAGGAUAAUUUCACUUCGAAAACUUAAAUUAGGAUUAUUUGUCAAAUAUAAAAGGCAGAGUUUGUCAUUAUUUUUUUGCAGUGUGUUUGACUCAUCAUCAGGGCUACACUGAUCUGAUCUCCACUCGACUGUAAUGUAAUGUAUUUCCUUUCAAUGAAUGUAUAGAAGUAAACAUUUACACCGA